UCUCAGUCAGUUGCCGUUCUGAAGCUCGAGCAGCUCGAGGAGGCUGAGAAGCGCAUGUUAGGAAGCUUGUGAUCUGAGUUUAACGUUCAUUCAAAGUGCUCAGAAGUCUCAUUUGCACUCUUCUCGCUUGUCAUCAGUCUUCCAGGCAUGGACGUCAAGAAUGCAUAGUUGCGGCACAGUGCUGAGAACGUGCAUUUGCUAAACGUCCUACCUGCGUGUGUCACCUCGUCCCUAGUCUCUCUGGCUGGGUUUUGUCUCAACUUUUUGCUUUCAUUUACCUGUAACAAAGCACCCACCAUGUCAUAACCAUUUGAGGCCGAGCCUGCUCCCACGGUACCUGCUACCCCAGCAGAAUCUGAACCAACAUCAUCCAUCUCCACAACUGACACCACAACCGCUGCACCUGUGACUAAGACUUCAUUCUGGAAGGAUAGAAAAAAAGUCCCAGAGAAGACCGAUGACUUCCUGCUGGCCAGGUUUCAAGGUGAUGGAGUGAGGUAUAAAGCCAAGCUUAUUGGUGUGGAUGAUGUCGCAGAAGCAAGAGGAGAUCAAAUGUGUCAGGAUUCCAUGAUGAAGCUAAAGGGCAUGGCAAUAGCUGCUCGUUCUCAAGGCAAACACAAGCAAAGAAUCUGGGUGAACAUCUCUCUAACAGGAAUCAAAAUUGUGGAUGAUAAAACUGGGGUGAUUGAGCAUGAACAUGUUGUGAAUAAGAUCUCGUUCAUAGCUCGUGAUGUCACUGAUAACCGGGCCUUUGGAUACGUGUGUGGAGCAGAGGGCCAGCAUCAGUUCUUUGCUAUCAAGACAGCUCAACAGGCUGAACCUCUGGUCACUGAUUUGAAGGAUUUGUUUCAGCUGAUCUUUAACAUGCGGAAGAAAGAGCAAGAGGCUGCACAGAAGGGUGAAGCCAAUAACCCAGUGAUUGAGAAUGGUGGUGAUGCUUUACUCACUUUGGAUGGCAAAGACAAUGCUGUAAAGACUGUGGAACAGAUGAACCUGUUUGGAGAUAUGUCCACCCCACCUGACAUUCACUCUCCUACGCCUGACGGUGUCCAGCUGCUUAGCUUUUCUGUUGCCAUUGAUGACAAUCAUUUCAUCUCAUACCCAUCUACCCUCUGCAAUACACCGGCAGACGGACUCCUCACACCAACAUCUGAUUUUUUCCCUACUCCCAAUCAAGCUCCCUUCUGUGAUGAUCCAUUUACUGUCUUCAGUGAUCAGUCAAAUUCUUUGUUUUUCUCUGAUAAAGAUUCUGGUCUUUCUAGUUUCAUUUUGAAUGGACCAGAAUCCAUUUUGGCUAAAGACUGCACUUCAGACAUUAAGCGCCUUAAUGGAUUAUGUGAUGCCCAGUUGAAACGUAAUACACUAAAUGCGCAAGAACACAAAAGCAAACCCAACUUUAACCUGAAUCCUUUUUGCAUUACCUCAUUAAACAACCCAACCAUUUUAAAUGGGUUAUACAAAUCCGGUCCCUCAGUCCUUUACAGUCCCCUUUUGUGUAAUGGAGCAAGCGAAUCCAUCCCGUUGUUUAAAACCUCGCCCAUCAGUAAAGCUGCUCAAAAUGGAGGGUUGAUGGUCCUUUGCCCUCCCCCUCAAAGCUUGAAGUGUGGAAGCAUUCGGAGGAGGCGAGAGAAGUCACCUGGAAAUGACCUGUUUGGAGCUGAGCUCUUUGCUCCGCCUACCCAAAAUGAGUCUCUGCCCUCAAACCAAAACUCACCUAUUCCAGCUGACCUAUUCAACACCACAUCGAUCUCCACCAUCACUGGUCUUGGUUCGUUGUCUCUUGGCCCUGCUUCUGUCACCCAGACUCAUGGAACAACCUCGUCUCCAUGGGGUCAGACACCCGUGAUGUUUCCUCCUCAGGGUGGUGUUCCUCAUAUAACCGUUCCAGGGGCACAACCUUACUCCCAGCCGCCUGCCUUUGGGGGCCUGCCUGCACAAGCUUGGGGGCAACAAGCAGCUUCACCUUUUGGUGCACCAUCUGCCACACAAGCUUGGGGUCAACCAGGAACCACAGCACCAGCUGGAACCUGGCCUAACUCUGGGCCUAUGGCCAACCCAUUCCCAUCAAACCAGUUUCCUCCCAUGAUGCCUCAUACUGUGAUGAUGAGCGGCCAGCAGGGUUCACUUAUUCCCCCUCGUCCUCCACCCCGUCCUCCUGUGAAAGAAGAAUCGGCACCAGUUAAACGUGCCUUCAUGGCUUUAGACCCUCUUGGAGAGAAGGAAAAGAAGACUGGGAAAGACAUGUUCAAAGAUUUCCAGAUGGUCAAGCCCCAGAAAAUUGAACAAGGAAAUGGAGCAAGCACCACCAAUGGUUCCUUUGACCAGUACUUUUCCAGUAAGGUUGGCUUGGCUCAGGAGGUGGCAGACCAUGAUGACUUUGACAUUAACCAAAUCCCAGUUAGCUCAAAUGGGCCCUUCAAACCGGUUCCUCUGCAGUCCUUUCCUUCUGUUGCAGUAGUUCCAGGUCUAACACCAGCUCCAGCAGCAGGUCUUUUGGAUGCUGCCUUCACUCCUAAUCUGGCCCCUGCACGCACAAACCCAACUCCUGCAGCAGGCUCAAACAUUUUUGAUGACACUUUUGGAACCGACCCAUUUGGUGCACCACCCCUGAAGACAAGCACUCCCGCCACUCAGGCUGGUGCCCCUGCAAUUGUUUUUGGAGACCCUUUUGGGGAAAAUCCUUUCGCCUGAGAAACUUCGGCGCCUAUGUUUCCAGUACACUCCCAUUUAUCUGAUGCCACUGAGGACCACACAAGCACUAUGGAGUUGUUUCCAGCAUUCCACUUCAUAGAAAACAAUGUGCACUUUAACCUUUUGCCUGUAUUCUGUGCUUUACGAUUCUCAUUCCCACUGUAUAUCUGCUGAAACAUCUCUUUCUGUGCUUUUAUAACUGAUCGCAGAUCAGCCCUUCUCUUCCAUUCGAUACAAAUCAUCCUUUUAAACCAAAGUCAUUCAUCAGCAUGCACAGUGAGGUGAAAGGUUCUGUUGAAGUGUCUCAAAGGAAGGAAAACGAAAGAAUGUUGUAUGAUUUUUGUAUACGAAUAUCCUAAGCAUUUAUGAUGAAGUCAAAUGUUUUGCCAUAAUGAUUUGUCAUUAAAAAAACUGACUGAU